AUGAUCGCUGCCAAAAAUGGUGACUAUGACUUGGUGUCACUUUUUAUCGAUGAUGGAGUUGAAUUUUCCAAAAGAGACAACAAUGGAAUGACCGCAUUUAUGAUUGCAUGCGGUGAAGGUCAUCUACCUGUUGUCAAGUUGCUUGCUGAUUACGUAAAAGAAGCAAAUGAUAAAGACAAAGAAGGAAAAACUGCAUUACAUCACGCUUGUAUGCAUAACUUCUGGAAAAUUGUUGAAUUCCUUUUGUCUGAGUUCAAUAUGGACCAGUCUAUUAAAGAUAACACAGGUAAAACUGCAAAAAUGUAUUGCACUGAUGCAGAAGUGUUGAAUCUCUUAUUAUAA